AGCUCUAUCACGCUCUGCGCUGAGAUCUCUGCUGCCGCUCUGCUUAUCAACUUCUGGGAUCAAGAAGAGAAGUAUGUACCGCCACUACUCCGAAUGCGACAACAACUAACAUGCCACUAGGUACAACCCUGCCAUAUGGAUCUCCAUCAUCAUUGUCAUCAUCGUCUUUCUUAACAUCUUCGCUGUUUCGAUUUACGGAGAAGCUGAAUUCAUAUUCGCGUCCAUAAAGAUUAUAACGAUCCUGGGACUGCUCAUUGCUGGUCUGGUCAUCAUGCUUGGUGGAGGACCAGACCAUGACAGGCGAGGGUUCCGCUAUUGGAAAGAGGGCGCUAUGAAGGAAUACGUUGGUACUGGUAGUACUGGUCGCUUCACCGGUCUUUGGUCUACCCUUGUCAACGCUGCGUUCUCUUACGGUGGUGUUGAAAUGGUUGCAGUUGCUGCUGGUGAAGCCGCCAACCCUCGCAAGAACAUUCCCAAGGCCGUUCGACGUGUCUUCUGGCGCAUCCUGUUCUUCUAUGUUCUAGGAUCGUUCAUCAUCGGUACCACCAUCAGCUCGAACGACCCUCAACUUACCGAUGACAACGCCAAAGGUGCCCAGUCAUCGCCUUGGGUCAUUGCGAUGAAGAAUGCUGGUAUUCCAGUUCUUCCCCAUAUCGUCAACGCUGUCAUCUUGACUUCCGCUACCUCUUCCGGCAAUGCUUUCCUGUACACCGGUUCCCGUUAUCUCUUCAGUAUUGCCCAAAACGGCCAGGCUCCCCAGUUCCUUCUCAGGUGCAACAAGAAGGGUGUACCAAUCUACGCUGUCGCAGUUACUGCCUCCAUCUCCCUACUCACAUACAUGAGUGUCAGCGCUGGUGCCAACAAGGUGUUCGGGUGGUUCCAAAACUUAACCACAAUCGCAUCGCUCUUCACCUGGUGCACUGUCACGUACACAUACACUCGGUUCCGGAAAGCAUGCAUUGCCCAGAACGUUGAUCGCAGCACCAUGGUCUUCGCGAGCAAAUGGCAACCUUACGUCGCAUGGACUGCCUUUACCUACUUCGCUCUCAUCAUUCUCUUCAAUGGCUUCAAGGUUUUCACCACCACACCUUGGGGACCCGAUGAGUUGACCGACUUCUUCACAGCAUACAUUGGUGUUGCGAUCUUCGGUCUCUUGUUUGCGUUCUGGAAAGUCUUCAAAAGGACCAAGAUGGUCAACCCAGCGGAGGCAGAUAUUUGGAGCGGUAAAGCGGCACUUGAUGCGGAGGUUUGGCCUGAGCAGAUCCCGCGUAACGCACUUGAGAGAUUUUGGUUCUGGUUAUGUUGAUUGGCGAUAUGCGCAUCAGUGGUGUCUUUGACUGGUAGAGGUCCAUGGCUAAACGGGAGAUGUUGCAGCAACGAACACUGCAUGAUAUGUUGAAUGAAUCAUUUAGUUAGCUUCAAAGAGUUUGAAAGUGACAGAAGGUU